UUUUGGCUUUUAUUCUCACUUUUGUUCAUCAUUUCACGGACCACACCGGUUUUGUUAAAAUCGAAAAUUUUUAAUUUUUUUCGUAUUCAACGAUAUCAAAAAUAUUUCCAUCUAGAUCUACAUUUUAAUCUUUUUUUUCAAUCCUUAAAAUUUGUCUAUAGUUUAGUUUGAUUAAUCAAUCAUCAAAUUUCAGAAUAAUGGCCGAUAAUGAUAAUGAUUUGUUAGAUUAUGAGGAAGAUGAAGAACAGGCACCAAUUGGUGGUGAUCUUUCCAAUAAUCAGGCAAAUAAUAAUGGUACCGUGAACGAUACAAAAAAAGCUGGCUAUGUUUCCAUCCAUUCGAGUGGUUUUCGUGAUUUCUUAUUGAAACCCGAAUUAUUACGUGCUAUUGUUGAUUGUGGUUUUGAACAUCCUAGUGAGGUUCAACAUGAAUGUAUUCCACAAGCUAUCCUGGGUAUGGACAUUCUUUGUCAAGCUAAAUCCGGUAUGGGUAAAACGGCCGUUUUCGUUUUGGCCACAUUACAACAAUUGGAUCCAGUUGAUGGACAAAUUUCCGUAUUAGUCAUGUGUCAUACACGUGAAUUAGCAUUUCAAAUCUCCAAAGAAUAUGAACGUUUCUCCAAAUAUAUGCCUAGCAUACGUGUGGCAGUUUUCUUCGGCGGUCUCACCAUUACCAAUGAUGAAAAAGUUCUUCGAAUGAAUCCACCACAUAUCGUUGUUGGUACUCCGGGUCGAAUUUUGGCACUGAUUCGUAACAAAAAACUGAACCUGAAAAAUAUCAAACAUUUCAUUCUUGAUGAAUGCGAUAAAAUGCUUGAACAGCUUGACAUGCGACGAGAUGUUCAAGAAAUAUUCAAAGCUACUCCUCAUGAAAAACAAGUCAUGAUGUUUAGUGCUACAUUGUCAAAGGAUAUUCGACCAGUCUGCAAAAAAUUUAUGCAAGAUCCAAUGGAAGUAUACGUGGAUGAAACAAAACUCACAUUACAUGGCCUACAACAAUAUUACGUCAAACUUAAAGAUUCGGAAAAGAAUCGAAAAUUGUUUCAAAUACUUGAUGAUUUAGAAUUUAAUCAGGUGGUCAUUUUCGUUAAAAGUGUACAACGGUGUGUUGCUUUGGCAACUUUAUUGGUCGAACAAAAUUUCCCAGCUAUUGCUAUUCAUCGUGCUAUGACUCAAGAGGAACGAUUAUCACGUUAUCAACAAUUUAAAGAUUUCCAGAAACGUAUAUUGGUCGCUACUAAUCUAUUUGGUCGUGGUAUGGAUAUUGAACGUGUUAAUAUCGUAUUCAAUUACGAUAUGCCCGAAGAUAGUGACACUUAUCUACAUCGUGUUGCUCGUGCCGGUCGUUUUGGAACGAAAGGUUUAGCUAUCACGUUUGUAAGCGAUGAAAGUGAUGCAAAAGUGUUGAAUAGUGUUCAAGAUCGUUUUGAUGUUUCAAUUCCAGAAAUGCCUGCCGAUAUUGACGUGUCUACCUAUUUCGAAGACAAAUGAAAAUAAUAAUUAGAUUUGCCCACUCCAUCACUAUACCAUAUAAACGUUAUCUUCAAAUUAUUUUUAUUGGUUUAAAAAAAUCAUUUAUAAACAAUAACAACAACAACAACAAUCAUUUAAGCAUUACAUUGUCUUUUUUUUGUAAUUCAUACACAAAAUAGUUCUAUAGGUUUUGAUUUGUAAUUCAUAAUUCAUUUCGAAUCUAAUUGAAUGAAGAAAAGAUUCACAAACAAAAAAAAAAUUAACAUAAUACCUCUUGGUUAUCGAUUAAAAAAAAACAUUUUUCAAAUAAAUU